AUGAAUGAACUAUAUAGCAAUAAUUCUAUAGAAACCAAUAACAACAAUAAUAGUAAUUUUAAUAAUAAUAAUAGCAACAACAACAAUAGUGAUAAUAGUAGUACCAAUCAUAAUUAUAGUUAUAGCAAUAAUAACAGCAAUAUCAACAACAAUAACAAUGUUGAAGUAAUAAUAUCAGAUAACGAAAAAGAAAGCGAUAGAGAAUAUUCUGACAAUGACCCAAGCAAAGAAGAUAAUAUUAAUUGGUUAAUUGAUUUAACUAGGGUACAUAUAGGUCAAUAUAAUGAAGAUGAUCCAGAAAAAGAAAAGAUUAUUUUAGAUCAAUUAUCCACAAUUAAUAUCGAAUAUAGCAAUCACUUAAAAAAAUACAAAUAUACAAAUGUAAUUAAAGAUUUAUAUAGAAAAGGAAAAUUAGUUUUAAAAAAUAAAAUAAACGAACUAUACGAAAAUUUUAAAAUAACAAAAAACUUAAACAAAAAAACAAAGAAAAAAAAAGUAAACCAACCAUAUUUAAAUAGAUUACCUCCAACUCCAGUUCCAUUAAAAAUAAAGGAAAAAAAAACACUACCAGCAACAGAAAUAAGCCAAUCAUCAAAUAAAAAUAAUAAUUGUAAUAUAUUUCAUUUUCCUCCGCCACUUCCAUAUAUUUUAAAACUAAGCGAUAUCAAAUAUAUAAAGGAAAAAAAAGAAAGAAAGAGAAAAGAAGAUGAAGAAAGGAGAAGAGAGAGUAGGGACAGAAGUAGAGAUAGAGAAAGCAAUAGCAGAGACAGUAGAAAGAGAUCAAAAAGUAGCGGAAGCAAUAGAUCGUCUAGUAACCGGUCAUCGUAUGAUAGAUCAUUCAAUAGUGAAGACAACAAUAGAUUACCCAACUAUGACGGCAAUGCAAAUACAUCGAUGAACCUACCAUUACAGUCACACGUUUACACUGACAUUGAUGUAAAUCAUUUAAGCAAUAGGUCUUCUUUAGAAAGACUGAACCCAGAUGGAUCAAUGCUACCACCAAAAGGCAAACCCAAAACGAUACCAGAAGGUGAUGAAAAAAUUGUCACAAUGCCAGUAGGUACUCCAAUACCUCUAUCAGUAAUUCAAAAAAUUGCUCCAUUAGAAACAUCUGCCCCAAUUCCAACUGUACAGCCACAUAUUCACAGCUUUUCUUUAGAUUCCAAAUUAUUAGAUGCGUUAAUACCAGUUGAACAACAACAACAACAACAACAACAACAACAACAACAACAACAACAACAACAACAACAACAACAACAACAACAACAACAACAACAACAACAAAAUCAAUUAAUAAAUUCACCACCAACUAUACAAUCACCACCAAUUAUACAAUCACCACCAAUUAUUGCAAAUGAAAAUUUAAGAAAUCAUUUAAAUGAAUUAAAAAAGAAUCCUAUAAAAAUGGAUCAAAUAAAACAAUUAUAUGAAAAUCAAUUAUUAAAGGAAAAAGAAUUAUUACAACAACGUCAAUUAUUAAUCGAUACACAAAUGGAAAGAAAGAAAUUAAAAUUAGAGAGCUUUGCUUUGGAGUUGAACAAAGUUAAAGGAGAUCCAGCUGAAACAAAAAAAGUAACUCAACAAUUAUCAAUCGAAGCCAAUAUUGUAAAAAAACAGAGUGAAGAUGAAUUAAACAACUUUAGUAAAUUCCUGAUCGAUGAAAUGACGAAAAUGCUUAUGAUCCAACAAGUAUCUUUGCAACAUUUAGGUGUCAAUGGCUUUUAUCAAACAUCCAACCCAACCGAUAUCAAAGAACAAUUAAAUAUUUUACACUAUUUAGUACCAAAUCUAUAUAACCCAACCAAUACAACAACAGCCACACCAACGACAUCAAUAAAUCAAUAA